CUCUCUCUCUCUCUCUCUCUGUGGCUCUUUCUCAGAAGAAGCAAUUUCGGCGAAGAACAACAAAGAAGAAGAAAGCGUUGGCUUUAAAAAUCAACACACAAUAUUGGCUUCUCUUUUGUUUUCCCUUUUUCGUUCAUAUAAAAACUGGGUCUUCGACUUUCUCUCGAAGACCGAUUAAGAACUGCAAACUAGAGGAUUCUGAUUCCAUUGGGAAUAAUAGCAACUAAUGGAAAGUCGAGGGCAAAAGCGUCCAGAAAUGGUGGAUGAACUUCCUGCGGAUAAGCGGGCAUGCAGUUCACUGGAUUUUAGACCUAGUUCUUCAAAUUCCUCAGUGCAAACCCAUAUGAAUUCAACCCACUCGACAUUGGAGGCCCAUGAUCAUGACAUGGACACUUCUUCGUCUGCAUCGGCUUCAAGCCGAUCAGAGGGAGAGCAUGAGAAAGAUUCGGCUUAUGGUUCGUGUGACUCGGAUGAAAUGGAUCAGCAUCAUAGUAGUCUCCGUGACUAUCAGAGGCGGAGAAUGUCAAGUGAUCAUGGGAAAUUUAAAAGCAUUAUAUCAAGCUUGAGUGGACAAACUGAACCUUCCGGUCAGUUAGCUGUACUUACUGAACUUUGUGAAGUUUUGUCGUUUUGUACAGAAGGUUCACUCUCCAGCAUGACUUCGGACUUGUUAUCACCGCUACUUGUAAAGCUGGCGAAGCAUGAGAGCAAUCCAGAUAUAAUGUUGUUUGCUAUAAGGGCCAUCACUUAUAUAUGUGAUCUGUACCCUCGGUCAGCCGCUUUUCUUGUUCGCCAUGAUGCUGUUCCUGCAUUAUGUCAAAGAUUGUUGGCUAUUGAGUAUCAAGAUGUAGCUGAACAAUGUCUCCAAGCAUUGGAGAAAAUUUCGCGAGAGCAACCACUUGCUUGCUUACAGGCUGGGGCGAUCAUGGCCGUCCUCAAUUAUAUUGACUUCUUUUCGACGAGCAUACAGAGAGUGGCUCUGUGUACUGUGGUGAACAUAUGUAAGAAGCUUCCUUCAGAAAGCCCUUCACCUUUCAUGGAGGCUGUCCCAAUAUUAUGCAAUCUUCUUCAGUAUGAGGAUAGGCAGCUGGUUGAAAAUGUUGCUACCUGCUUGAUUAAAAUUGUGGAGCGAGUAGCUCAGUCCCCUGAAAUGUUGGAUGAACUUUGUCAACAUGGAUUGAUUCAGCAGGUCACACAUCUCUUAAGUAUAAAUGGGCGGACGACCCUAUCUAAAUUAAUUUAUAAUGGACUGAUAGGAAUGCUUGUGAAACUUGCUUCUGGUUCAGUUUUAGCCUUCAGGACUUCAUAUGAGCUUAAUAUUAGCAGCAUAUUGAGAGAUAUAUUAGCUACAUCUGACCUCUCACAUGGAUUGCCAACAUCACAUGUAAUUGUUGGACAUUGUAAUCAGGUGUAUGAAGUACUGAAAUUGUUAAAUGAACUUCUCCCUGGCAUUACAAAAGAUGAGAAUGAUCAACAAGUGCAAGACAAGGAAUCCUUUCUAGCUAAUCACCCAGAUCUCCUCCAAAAACUAGGGACUGAUGUGAUUCCCAUGUUGAUCCAGGUGUUUAAUUCUGGUGCGAGUUUAUAUGUUUGCCACGGAUGUCUAUCAGUUAUGUACAAGAUAAUUACUCUGAGUAAAUCUGAUAUGCUUGUUGAAUUGCUUAAGAAAUCCAGUAUUUCAAGUUUUUUGGCUGGAGUGUUCACUCGAAAGGAUCACCAUAUGCUAAUGUUAGCCUUACAAAUUUCGGAGACCAUCCUUCAGAACUUUUCAGAUAUUUUCUUAAAGUUGUUUAUAAAGGAAGGUGUCUUUUUUGCUAUUGAUGCACUCUUAACACCAGAAAGAUCUACGCAAUUGAUGUAUCCAGUAUAUAGUGGGAUUCAGUUGUCAGUGGAUUCCAGUCAAAAGUUUACUUCUAGAGAAGCUCUGAGGUGCCUAUGCUAUGCAUUUUCGACUAGCCAAUCUCCUACUCCUUCAGAAGGUGGACACUGCAAACUUGACAAGGACUCUGUUCAUAAUCUUGCACAGAAUAUAAAAACAAAAUACUUAGCACCGGAAUUAUAUGAUUCUGAGAAAGGAUUGACUGAUAUUUUGCAGCAACUAAGAGCAUACUCUAAUGAUUUAUUGAGCAUGUCUGCUGACAACAGUGUUUGUGCUCAGAAUGAAGAGAAGGUUAACAGUAUAUUAUUGUCUCAGAUUAUGGACAAGCUUACCGGCAAGGAACAGGUCUCUACUUUUGAGUUUAUUGAGAGUGGAGUUGUGAGAUCACUUGUCAAUUAUUUAUCUCAGGGUCAUUAUGUGAGUGAAAAUGAUGGAAAAGGAAUUGUUGGUGGUAACUAUGCUGCCAUAGAAAAACGAUUCGAGGCCCUGGCAAGGGUAUGUUUACAAGGUUCUCAACCUUUUUCUAGUGACACAGCCCUUCCAAUAUUAAUCAGGAACCUGCAGAAUGCAUUGACUUCAUUGGAGGCAUUCCCCAUUGUUCUAAGCAAUGGACCAAAACUGAGACAUUCAUAUGCUGCUGUUCCUAGUGGAUGUUCCAUUCCUUAUCCUAGCCUGAAAGUUCGUUUUGUCAGGGCAGAGGGUGAGACUUGGCUGAAUGACUGUACUGAAGAUUUUCUUACAGUUGACCCUUUUUCUUCUUUGCAUAGCAUUGAAGGAUAUCUUUGGCCCAAGGUCAGCAAGAAAAGCAGAAAGCAAGAAAAAUCAGUAUCAAGCCACGUAGUGUUGCAACCAGAAAGUCCACCCCUUCAAUCAACAUCAAAUGCAAGUUCCUGUCCAGCUGAAAUUCCAGUAAUUUUGGGGCCUGGUGACAUGUCAACAGAUCUCCCUGAAACACAGGGAGAACCAAAGUUAUCACAUCCGGAUGAAACAGCCAAAGUGAAUGCUGGAGAAUCAUCUUCCUCUGGAACUCAGGGAUCUGUAGAGAAGGAACUGCAAUCCAAUGCAGAACCAGACUCAAAAUUGGCAAGGCAGCAUCUUGCAUCUUGUAGCAACGAAGCUGCUCAAAAACUCAAUUUUUACCUUGAUGAACAGUAUCUGGAUCACCAAUUGACUCUCUAUCAGGCAAUUCUUCACCAAAUAGUAAAACAAAAUGACUGUUCUUCUGGUUCAAAAUUGUGGAGUCAAGUACAUAUAAUAGCGUAUAGAAAGGCUGUGGAAUCCAAGGACAUAUUGCCUACAGAGUGUCUGCCUUCACCUCAGGAUUUAUCUCAUGAUGAAGUUUUAGCUUAUUAUCAGCAGACACCUUUCUUCUCAGACAUCUUCUCUUGUGAACUUGUUUCCGAUCUCCAUAGGCCAAGUCCAACUUAUGAUGUUCUAUUUCUUCUUAAAUGCUUGGAGAGCAUGAACAGAUUCAUGUUUCACCUUAUGUCUCGUGAGAGAAUUUGUGCUUUUGCUGAAGGGAAAGUUGAUAACCUAGAUAGCCUGAACAUAUCAGUUCCUAGUGUCCCACAAAAUGACUUUGUGAGCAGUAAGUUGACAGAGAAGCUGGAAACACAGAUGAGGGACUCUUUGGCUAUCUGUCCUGGUAGUAUGCCAUCAUGGUGUAAUCAGUUAAUAACUUCAUGUCCUUUUCUGUUUAGUUUUGAGGCUAGAUGCAAGUACUUCAAAAUGAAAGCGUUUGGCCAGCCCCAGAUCCAACCCCAUAUGUCUUACAACUCCUCUGGAGCAGAAAGUGACAGACGACCAAGUCUUGGUGGAUUGCCUCGAAAGAAGAUUUUAGUUUAUCGUAACCGGAUUCUUGAGUCUGCUGCUCAAAUGAUGGACCAACAUGCGCGCAAUAAAGUGGUUCUUGAAGUAGAAUAUGAUGAAGAAGUGGGCACUGGCCUUGGACCAACAUUGGAAUUUUAUACCUUGGUAUGCCGUGAGCUACAGAAAUCUGGGCUGGGCAUGUGGAGAGAUGAUCCUUGUUCCUUUGCCCUCAAGUCAAAUUUACAGGUUGAGGAAAUGGGAAUCAAUUCUCUUUAUGGAUUGUUUCCUCGACCGUGGUCAUCAACACUUGAUACAUCUAAUGGCAUACAGUUCUCCGAAGUAACUAAGAAGUUUUUCCUUUUAGGCCAAGUUAUUGCUAAAGCACUUCAAGAUGGAAGGGUCUUAGAUCUCCACUUCUCUAAAGCCUUCUAUAAACUUGUACUUGGAAAGGAACUUUCUCUCUAUGACAUCCAGUCACUUGAUCCGGGGCUUGGUAGGGUGUUGCAAGAGUUUCAAGCACUCAUUAACCGGAAAAAAUUCCUGGAAUAUUUCAAUGGAGGGAAUGAAUUGGAAUAUGGAUUAAGCUUCCGGGAGACCAGAAUUGAGGAUCUCUGUCUUGAUUUCUCGCUUCCUGGGUAUCCUGACAUAGUUCUUGCUUCAGGGCAUGAUCACACCAUGGUAAACUUGACAAACCUGGAGAAUUAUGUUUCGCUUGUUGUCGAUGCAACUGUGAGGUCUGGAAUUUCAAGACAAGUGGAAGCUUUUAAAUCUGGCUUUAACCAGGUUUUCUCUGUCGAACAUCUUAAGAUUUUUAAUGAACAAGAGCUCGAGCGCAUACUUUGUGGAGAGCAUGAUUGUUGGGCUCAGAUAAAUGAGCUCGCUGAUCACAUUAAAUUUGAUCAUGGAUACACUGCUAGCAGUCCUCCCAUUGUUAAUUUGCUGGAAAUUAUCCAAGAGUUUGAUCAUGAACAGCGUCGAUCCUUUUUGCAAUUUGUGACUGGUGCACCACGGCUUCCUCCUGGAGGAUUGGCAUCUCUCAAUCCAAAGUUAACCAUUGUUCGAAAGCAUUGUAGCAACCGAGCAGACUCGGACCUACCUAGUGUGAUGACUUGUGCAAAUUAUCUUAAGCUACCUCCAUACUCAUCAAAAGAAAGGAUGAAAGAGAAGCUCUUGUAUGCCAUUACAGAGGGUCAAGGAUCGUUCCACCUCUCAUAAAAUCCGUUAUCUUGGGUUUGGAUCUGGUACUUGGAAUUCUGAAGCUGUAAUUAUUAGGUUAAUUGGUAGUAAUGUAGAUAAAGGAUCUCAAUGAGUUACUUGCUGGCAGUGAUCUCAAUGAGCUUACUUUACUGGUAGUGGUGUGUCUCAAUUAGUUUACUUGGACAUGAAGGAGCUGCUGUGUUUCUUCACUGACUACAAUUGUUGGGGGUGUGUACAUAAAAUGCCUGCUGAUAGAGUUAGAAUAUGAUUGACAUGUGUCGCCUGUACAGAGAUGGAGGGCACUUGUCAUGGUCGGUUGGUUGGUUUCGUUGGUUAUGCUUUGAUAUUUUAGUACAGUUUUAUUAUCAUUUUUUUUUUUUGUACAGGAACCUUUAUUAUGGAUAGACUUUUAAAUGCAAUGAUAACAGCUUGCUAUCUUUA